GGGGGAAAAAAGCCGCCUCUUUUCUGUGUUAUUCUCAAUUGCGGGGCUUUCCGUGUCGUUCUCAAUGGCGGGGCGGCGAUCCCUGACCUAGUCGCCCUGUGGCUGCAGGCGGCUUAACGUAUCGGGAGAAGAGGCCGUGAAGGGGAUUAAAAAAUCAUAAAGCCGUCAGCCGGGGUUGGCUAUUGAACUCCUAUAUUAAAAAAAAAAAAAAAAGGAUUCUCUGGUAUAAACUGUUGUGGAAAAUAUGGGUCGCUCUAAUACUAGAUCCCAUUCCUCAAGAUCAAAGUCUAGAUCUCACUCCUCUUCAAGAUCCAGAUCCAGAUCACAUUCUAGAAAAAAACGUUACAGUUCUAGGUCUCGGUCUAGAACAUACUCACGGUCUCGCAGUAGGGAUCGUGUUUAUAAUAGAGAUUACCGCAGGGAUUACAGAAAUAAUAGAGGAAUGAGACGUCCUUAUGGCUAUAGAGGAAGAGGUAGAGGCUAUUACCCAGGAGGUGGAGGCAGAUACCACCGUGGAGGUUAUAGGCCUGUCUGGAAUAGAAGGCAUUCUCGAAGUCCAAGACGAGGUCGCUCACGUUCCAGGAGUCCAAAAAGACGUUCAGUCUCUUCUCAAAGAUCUCGGAGCAGAUCACGUAGAUCCUACAAAUCUUCCAGAUCUCCAAGAUCCUCUUCAUCUCGGUCUUCAUCUCCAUAUAGCAAAUCUCCAGUCUCUUCCAAAAGACGUGGGUCAUCAGAAAAACAGCCGAAGAAAACUGAGGCAGCUGCUUUGCAGGAUAGCCCAUUAAAAAGUAAAUCCCAAGAAGAAGAGAAAAAUACAUUUGAACAUGACCCUUCUGAGGCUUUAGAUGAUUUUAAUAAAUCAGCAGCAGCUUCAGCUGAUAUUUGGCCUGGCCUUUCUGCUUAUGAUAACAGUCCACGGUCACCUCAUAGCCCUUCUAUUGCCUCUCCACCUAGUCAGAGUUCUUCAUGCUCUGAUGCUCACUUACUCAGCACAGUCCACUCAGCAAAAGACACCCCUCAGCAUUCACAUUCCAUUCAGCAUAGCCCUGAAAGAUCUGGGUCUGGUUCCCUUGGAAAUGGUUCCAGUCGUUAUAGCCCUUCUCAGAAUAGCCCAUUACAUCACAUUCCUUCAAGGAGAAGCCCUGCAAAAGCAGUUGCAUCACAGAAUGCUGCACGGGAAGAGACUCGCAUGCGUUCCUUUUAUCCGGAGGCUGGGGAGCAGGAAAGUGCAAAGGGAGGAAAGUUUCUGAAGAGGUAUACAGAUGAAGAAUCUAGGGUAUACCUGCUUGAUAGGAAUAACACUAGAGAAAAAGAUGCUCAGAAAGAUAGAGGAUCAGAAAAGGGGAGGACAGAGGGAGAGAGAGAAUGGGAAGACCAGGAAGCUUUGGAAUAUUAUAUGGAUAAAGAGCCCGGAAAACAAAAAUUUAAUGAUUCAGAAGGGGACGACACAGAAGAAACUGAAGAUUAUAGACAGUUCAGAAAGUCUGUUCUGGCAGAUCAGGGUAAGAACUUUGCCGCAUCUCAUCGUAAUGUUGAGGAAGAAGGCUCCAAAUACAAGUCUAAAAUCUCUAUGAAGGCAAACAGAGAAGGUGAAGCAUUUAGAGACGAUAAGGGCUAUAAAGUUAAAGAGACAACUAGCUAUAUAGUUGAAAGACCUAAUUUAGUAAAAGAUAAGCACAAGGAAGAUGAGAAAGUCUCUGAAAGACUGAUGAAGAAAGAGAUGCAAUCACCUGAACAGGUAAAGUCUGAAAAGCUCAAAGAACUCUUUGAUUAUAGUCCUCCUCUACACAAGAAUCUGGAUAUGAGAGAGAAAUCUAUCUUCAGAGAGGAGAGCCCGCUUAGGAUCAAAAUGAUAGCCAGUGACUCCCAUCGACCUGAAGUUAAACUUAAAAUGGCACCUGUGCCACUUGAUGAUUCAAACAGACCUGCUUCCUUGACUAAAGACAGGCUGCUCGCUAGCACACUUGUCCAUUCGGUCAAGAAGGAGCAAGAAUUCCGAUCCAUCUUUGACCACAUUAAGCUUCCACAAGCCAGCAAAAGCACAUCGGAGUCAUUUAUUCAGCACAUUGUGUCCUUAGUCCAUCAUGUAAAAGAACAAUAUUUCAAAUCAGCUGGAAUGACCCUAAGUGAGAGAUUCACUGCUUAUCAGAAGGCUACUGAAGAACAUAGCACCCGGCAAAAGAGUCCUGAAAUACACAGAAGGAUUGACAUCUCUCCAAGCGCCCUGAGGAAGCAUACCCGUUUAUCAGGCGAAGAGAGAACCUUUAAAGAAGAAACUCAGAAAGGAGAUAAAAAAUUAAAGUGCGAUUCUGCUGAUCUUCGACAUGACAUCGAUCGUCGUAGAAAAGAACGAAGUAAAGAACGAGGAGACUCUAAAGGUUCCAGGGAAUCCAGUGGGUCAAGAAAGCAAGAAAAAGUUCCAAAAGAUUACAAGGAUUAUAAAACUUUCAAGGAUGAUAGUAAGCAAAAAAGAGAACAAGACCAUUCUCGAUCUUCCUCAACUUCCUCCCCAUCUUCCUCAUCCAGUUCCCGAGAAGAAAAGGACUGCAAGAAAGAAAGAGAUGAAGAACUUAAACCCCAUCACGAGCAGAAAGAAUAUCCAGGUUUUACGGGAGUUGGAAGACCUAGAGGCACAUUUUUUCGAAUAAGAGGCAGAGGAAGAGCCAGAGGCGUGUUUGCUGGAACAAAUACUGGUCCUAGCAAUUCAAACACUACUUUUCAAAAGAGACCAAAAGAGGAAGAAUGGGAUCCUGAAUAUACUCCAAAAAGCAAGAAAUACUUCUUGCAUGAUGACAGAGAUGAUGGUGUUGAUUACUGGGCUAAAAGAGGAAGAGGACGUGGUACUUUUCAGCGUGGCAGAGGAAGAUUCAACUUCAAAAAAUCAGGUAGCAGUCCAAAAUGGACGCAUGAUAAAUACCAAGGUGAUGGGCUUGUAGAAGAUGAAGAAGAAACAAUGGAAAACGAAGACAAGGAGAGACGUAAGGAAGAAAAGGAAUAAUAACACUGAAGAUCAGUUGCAGCUGAAAAAACUAUUUGCUAUCUGCGCAGCAUUUUUAAUAUGACUUGUCGUCAAAUGAAUGUAAGCAUUUUACUUAAAUUUUACUGUUGGAGAGUAGUUUAGUUUUGGUUUUGUUUCUGUUUUAAUUCUUUUGUAAUCUCACUAGUAAUUGUUGAAGAUUAUACAAAGCAAGUAGUAAAGGUAUGAUGCUAUUUGUCAUGAUCAACUUUUUAAAAUGUUUACUGUUAUACACAGUGUAACUUUGUUUUGUCCAAAAGAUCUGAUUUUAAACAGAGUUGUACUUCAUUAUCCCCUCCACAGCUAUGUUUCGUUAUUGAAAUAAAACUUAGGUCUGCGCAUUUAGAUAUUGAGGCAGCAUUUUAAAAUAAAUCUGUACUAAAUCUUGGAGCUAAUAAUUUCCUGGAGCUUUUUGUUUGUGUGACUUAUAUUUAAAUUGCAAAAUUGUAUAAUCUAGAGUGGGAGGCUUAUAUUUUGUUUAAUUCAGCCAUCUAAGUAAUUGUGGCAGCAUGUAAACAGCACUGCAAGAUUAAAAGUUUGCCAUGAGUUUUCACAAGGCUUGUUCUUGGAUAGGUUUGAGAAUUAGAGUAUCCCAGUAAAAUGAGUGUAAGUAGGAGGUUGUAAAAAUACUUUGGGGAUCUUAUUAAUUUUCUCAUACAUUCACAUUUCUAGAAAACGAUGGGCGUUCUCUUCUGAACAGAUCUAGAUCUGACAAGUAGAGCUGUAGCUUAACAGGUGCUACGUUUCUCCGUCCACAUAAUCUUACUUCUAAUGGGGAAAUGCUUCAACUAUUUGUGUAACAGCACUAAAAGUAGUUUGACCUUCUGCAUAUUCUAUUCUUGUGAGAAGACCUAUCCUACAUUCCAAACGUUUAGGCGUACAACAGAAAGAGGUAAAUUGUAGUGAAAAGUUGCCUUUAACACAAGCAUGCUUUGAGUGUAUUGUUUCAGUGUUUAUAUGCCUAAUAGACAUAGUCUUAUGUAAAACACAGGAUGCAAUUCAUUUAUAAAAUUUAAACUGUAUAUAAUGAAUGUGAAAUGGAGUUAUUAUGCAAGAGCAUUAGAUGAAGUUUCAUUGACAUCUGGUGAAAAAUAUUGGCCACAAAUUUACGGGAAUACUGAUUUAGCUAUUAUUGCAUCAACGUUUUCCCCAAUUUGUAAAAUAAUAUUUCUGUGGGUUUUCUUUAGCAAAAUAACCUAAACUAUGGGAUAUCUUAGUCGUGUUUUCAGUCCUUGGUGGAAUAAAGAUGUGAAAAUUUAAAAGGAAAUGAGCUUGUUAUUACAGUUGAAUAUUACAGAAGCUUUAUAUAUCUACUAUAUCUGAAACCAUGAAGUAAAAGAAUGAACUAGAUUAAAACCAGAAUCAUAUGAACUAGAAAUUUUAAAAAUUACAAUUUAACCUUUUUUUCCAAUCACAUGUAUUUUAAACUUUUGUUGAAGUCUUGAAAUAUAAAAUUGAACAAUUCCUAUACUCAUGGUGCCAUUUGGAUAACCUGUAAGAAACAGAAGUUAGUUUACACUAAAUCAGACUUGCCUUUUACCUUACUAAUGUCUGCCAUUUCAGCCACCAGAUUUUCAAGCCACUUGAACAGAAUUUUUAUCAAGCCUUUCUAUCAGAUAUUAAACUAAGUGUCAGUUACAAGUUGAGGCUUCCCUUAUUAUGACAGUUUGAAGUACACCUAAAUUGAUAAUUAUAAUAUCUACAUCAAAAUGGAUCUAUUAUGACAGAUUAAUAUUCACGUGGCCUUGCCACCGUAAUGGCCACAUGAAAUCACAAAUGAAAAUAGAUUGCAAUGUUCUUGCAAGCAUCAAAAUAUCUAUCAUUUCCUUUGUGCCCAAUGGACCUUUUGCCCCAUCUCAGUUGGAGGGAUGAGUUGGUGUAUGGAUACAUAUUUAUAGAGCUCAGUAUGUAGCAUUUAUUUGCAGCAAUACUUUUUGGCCUUCCAAAAUUCCCAUUAGGCUGGUGAGCAACUGAGAGAGCUAAUUCAUCAUCCUGGAAAUAGUUUGUCACUGGCCCACCACUGCAAUUCUUUUAGGCCCCUCCCCCAGCACAUGUUAUCCAAAUUUCCCAUGUUUCCCACACCCCCAAAAGUUUUCUUUCCUUUUGACUUUAAAUAUACAUAUGUACCUAAAAUUGACAGACUAGGGAAAGGAAUGAUAAAUCCUUAUGCUACAAAGGUAUUUGACAAAAUUUAUUAUCAACAUUAUUUUGCAAAAUUUGGCUUGUUUUGUAAAUGUAAUCAUUUUUAUAAAUCUUGGUAGUUGGAAUUGUUUUGGAAACAGGCACUCACUUAGGGUGCUGCCUCCUUUUUGUGACUUUUCUUUGUAGCUAUUAGCAUGCUAUAAAUAAAAUCUUUCUGAGUGUUAAGAGAGAAGAUAAUGUAUAUCAAGUGACAGAAUAUUUAGCUGAUGAAGUAUUCUGUUUCAUAUUGUCAUGAAUAAUUUUAGUUCACCACUAAAGUCCUUGGAUUAUGGAUGUAUGCAACAUUUGGGUUUAAAUUGCUUCAAACAUAAAACAGCAUUUCUCAAGCCUUUUGGAAGAGUUCCAUCAUAAUGGGAUUUUUUGUAAUAUCUUAUGUUCACAAUGGUUUGAAACAAAAUUUUUACAUA